ACAGGUUCAGGUCUACAGAGAGACAGACAGGUUCAGGUCUACAGAGACUCAGACAGGUUCAGGUCUACAGAGACUCAGACAGGUUCAGGUCUACAGAGACUCAGACAGGUUCAGGUCUACAGAGAGAUGAAGCUGAUGAAGAUGAUGAAGAUGAUGAAGAUGAUGGUGGUCCUGGUCCUGGUCCUCUCUGGUCUCCUCUGUGUCUCAGCAGACGAGUUUCAUGAGGACCUUGCUAUCGGCGGCUGUUCAGACUCUGAUGGAGAGAACAUGUAUUCUCUGGAUGGAGAAGAGACGUGGUACGCAGACUUCAUCAACAAGAGAGGAGUCGACCCUCAGCCCAGUUUCAUAGAUCAUAUUACCUUCCCAGGAGGUUAUCAACAAGCUGAGGCUAAUCAACAGAUCUGCAGAGCGAACCUGAAAGUAGAUCGCGAGGCUUAUAAGAAUCCUCCUCUGCAGCUCGACCCUCCUUCCAGUCCGAUGGUGUACACCAAAGAAGCCGUGGAGCUCCGAGAGAAGAACACCCUCAUCUGUUAUGUGACUGGUUUCUAUCCUGCUCCUGUCAUCUUCUCCUGGACAAAGAACGGAGAGAACGUCACCGAAGGAAGCAGCACCAACGUUCCCUACCCCAACAAAGAUGGUUCCUUCAACCAGUUCUCCAGACUGGACUUCAUCCCACAGCUGGGAGACAUCUACAGCUGUACAGUCAACCAUCUGGCCCUGGACCAGCCACUGACCAGGAUCUGGGGUCAGACAACUUUAUUUACACUCACACUAAAUACAGUCAGCUCAUUAACCAACCACUGACCA